CUGCUUCUCUGCGAUUCAUUUCUGAAUCUCUUUUCGAAAUGAAAAACCCACCCGUGAUAUGGAAAUCAAAAAAUAAAAAACAAAAACAAUUAUACUUUGGAAUUGUUAACAUCGAUACGAAAAAUGUUAUCACGCUCAAUAACAUGAUUGUUGAACUGACGCUUUCAUUAUGAUAUGAUUUUUGUUGUUUUUCUAAAGGUUUUGGAGAAAGGGAAGAUUUCCUGGAAGCGUGUCUUCACGGUGGUUGCAUAUCCACUUCGCAAUUCUCCUCCUCCUCCGACACUUUGGUAGUCGUAUUUCGUUGCAUUUCUUACUAGUCUAACGUAAGAAGCAGGCAUCGGAACAUCUCUCGUGUUCGUAUGUUAAAAAACUUUAUUGUGACAUUGUGUUAUCGGUACCCCGCAGAUCCAUCGCACCCAAAAAUAAAAAAUCUAUCCAUCGGUACCCGCGCCUUGUUUACCAGUAUCUAAUAACGUUGGAUAAACCUCCCCUGGAGCACUCAAAUUCAUGGGCCACGACACGCUGAGGUGACCAUCUGAAAAAACGAUGGGAAAACCUCCGGACACGGCUACCCUUCUUGUAAUCUUAGCGUAUCUGUUGAACUUCGGUUUGACUGGCGCGACGGCACAAUUAGAUCGCGAAUAUGGUUGCCCGCCGCAAGAAAAAAUUUUACCCUGCAGAUGCUCCACGAGAGAUAUGGAGUUUCAGAUUUGGUGCAGUCACAGUGAGUUACCGAAAGUUCUCGAGGGCCUAGAGGCCGUGAGCCAUUACGUCGCUAGGCCUAUUGACGAGAUCAUUUUGGAAAAUAAUAACUUACCAAGCCUCCCAGGCAAAGUAUUUGCCAAUUUAAGGGUUCUCAGAUUAAUGCUGCGGAAUAACAGACUCGAAAGAGUUUCCUCCGGAUGGUUAGAGGGACUUCACGAUUCUCUGCUUGAGCUUUUCAUCGUUGAGCCGGACUUGAGAUCCCUGCCUGUCGAUAGCCUCGACAAUCUUCGUGGGUUGGAGGCUAUAACGUUGCAGAGUAAAACGAUGCAAAGGCUUCCGAAAUUUUCUGGACUGCCAAAGCUGAGGUAUUUGCAGAUAAACUCACCUUCUCUCGCGGAAUUGACGCCGAGACAUUUUCGAGAUUUGCCAAAUCUUGAGCACCUCCAUGUUUUUGGUAGUAAAAAAUUGACUAGGCUCGAAUCCGGAGUACUUCAGAACCUUCAAAGUUUGACUUUGGUGAAUAUAAGCGACUGUGGGAUAAACUGGAUUCAUCCCAGAGCGAUCAUCGGACUUCCUGAAUUGAAAGAACUAUCAUUAGUCGGGAAUUCUAUAGCCGAUGCCACGAUGGUAGGACGCACGAUGAUAGAUCUUCCGAAUUUGUCUAUCCUUCGUUUGGAUAGGAAUUAUAUUUCGCGACUCGGAGAAGCGUCGUUUGUAGAAUUACCAUCGCUCGCCGAGCUGUACCUCUCUCGCAAUAGGAUAUCCGAAAUAUUUUCCGGAGCUUUUCACAGGGUGCCUAUGUUGCGUAGUAUUGACCUGAAUCACAACGCUAUACACAGAAUACAUCCAGAAUUUUUUGUGCGCCAAACCGGAGGAGGAGGACUCGAAGAACUUUGGCUGAUAAACAAUGAUUUGAGUCACGUUGCGGAGUUACGUACAAUCCUGGAGACGCUUCCAAGGUUGAAAUUCUUAGACAUCAGCCAUAACCAGAUUGAGAACAUUCCGUUCGGAGCAAUCAGGGGACACCCUAGUCUCGAAAGAUUGCACCUCGAUCACAACAGAAUAAAUAUGGUACAGAUGGAGGCUUUCAUCGCCAUGCCGGCGCUGAGGGAGCUCAGAUUACGAAAUAAUUCACUUUCUAAUUUGCUGGAAGGACCGCUUUGGAACCUACCGGCGUUGAAGGGAUUAGAUUUGGCCGAGAAUUAUUUCCGGAGGGUAGAUCCGCUUUUGUUGGCGAAUUUACCGAAUCUACGACGCUUGGACAUGAGUGGGAACGCCAUCGGGCUUGUGGAUCCGGCUUCUUUUCUGGCCAAUCCGGCCCUGGAGUUUGUAAAUCUAUCGGGGAACGCUCUGUCGACCAUUCAUCCCCGGACAUUUGGGCAUCUGAUUAAUUUGUACGAAUUGGACAUGGGCUGGAACAGACUAUUCGAAGUGGUGCCUGGACUGCCUCGAAACAUCGAAUACCUCUACAUGCCGAUGAACCAGAUAAUGAACAUCCCGAUCGCUCCGAAUCCAGAUCUUGCGCUCCCGGCCUUGAGAUUAUUGGACCUCAGCGCAAACGGGAUCAAAAGAUUACCCCGAGGCUCCUUGAGCACUUUGCCAUUUUUGAAGAGGCUAAAACUCGGGUACAACGCUCUUCAACAUUUGGAAGACGGGGCGUUCGACGGACUUGCACGAUUGGAGCAAUUGGACUUGAGGGACAACAGGCUGGUUUCUCUGCACGGUGGGUGUCUAAGAGAUUUGAAAAUGCUGAUAGAUCUGAAUUUGAAGGGGAAUCGGCUGGAAUUAAUACGACCGGAUCUGUUUGAAAAUAACGCCAGACUACAGAAACUGGAUCUCAGUAGGAACAGAUUGGCGCAGAUACCUCAUGCGACAUUUACCAACACGCGAGAUCUUCGCGAGAUAUAUGCAUCGCACAAUUCUCUGACGGAGCUCCCAAGGUCGUUGCAUGGUUUAACAGCCCUCCAAGUCCUUGACUUGAGUUUCAACAAGCUGAACAUUCUUUCGCCAGAAACUCUUAGCAGCUUGACAUCACUGCUCGAGUUACGAUUGGUGAAAAAUAAAAUUCAAGAAUUGAGGGAAGGAGCUUUUCACAGAUUGCCUAGACUGUCGCUCAUAGAUCUGGAGAACAACGAUCUUCGCGUUGUCGAAAGAAAUGCCGUAAGGGCCUUACCGGAACUUCAAGCACUUCGUCUGGGGCGCAAUCGUCUUCAGGUGAUACCGAACGGUGCUUUUGUAGAACUUCCGCUCCUUCAGAGUGCGGAGCUCCAGGAGAAUAGGAUCGAAGAGAUUUCAAACAACGCUUUCAUCAACGUUCCACAGUUGUUGUUCCUCAAUUUGAGUUACAAUUUACUACCUGAUCUCGAAAAUGCCGGUCUAGAAAGCCUGAAUUCUUUAGAAGUGUUGGACGUCAGUCACAACCGGGUGGCACGUGUAUCCAGCAAAAGCUUAGCAGCCAUGGAAUGGUUGGUUGAACUGAAGAUGGAUAACAAUCGAAUUUGCGCAAUCCAAGGCUCACCUUUUGACGACAUGCCACGUCUCCGAGUGCUCAGUCUUCGUCACAACAAAAUGGCUUCCGUUGCUGAAAAUGCUUUCAAGAGAUUGAGAUCCAACAUCGCAGUUCUCGAUAUAGAUGGUAAUCCGCUCUCUUGUGCCUGCGGAAUGUUGUGGCUGAGAGGAUGGCUGCAGCAGGCGUCAUCUGAAGGGCCUCGGUGCGCGGACGGCUCGCUUUUCAGGGAUAUCAAAUUAUCCCGUCAGGAUUGCCAAAGAGAAAGGCGCACCGAACCCUCCGUUCCCGGUUGCGAGGUCGAGGUGAUCGAUGGUUCCUCCCUGUUCGGGACAUCGCAGGUAAAUUCUCCCUGGAUGAAUCUCCAGGGGACCACACCGCUUCCACCUCUUCCAAACGAAUCUGAAUAUUUUUACGACGAGUACGUGGACUACCCCUACGAAAACACCAGCAGCAUAAUGCCGCAGGAUUCUCCCAUACCUCUUACGACCGCUGUCGCUUCUACCGAGGCAUUCUCCAAUCAAGCAAGUUCGGAAUCACCUUCACCAGUGACCGGUGGAACUCCAACGAUUUAUGCGGCGACUGGUUCCGGCGAAGCGAUGAGGAAAAAUAAAACUAUGCCAACCAAAGACGUUCCUCCGUCACCCAGCAGCUCAGGGUUCACUUUCUUCGGUGUACCUCUACCGAGCCUGAACUUUAAUUUGUGGGGAAAUUCCGGUAGGAAGGCAGACAGGAAAAGCGACGGUUCCGGGCGACCGGGAAGGGGUCGGGUUCAACUGUUUCCACCUACGGAACCGGAAAUUCAUAGAGGUGGCUUCGUCCCGCUACCUCGAGUACAGGGCGGGUUCGUUCCGAUCGUCGACCCGCAGCUGAGGUAUCAGGCAGAAAUGAAUAGGACCGUAUCCCUAGCGAGAAAAAAUGUGACCGUCCAACAGAUCGCUAAGAAAAGCGACCUACAAUCUCUCCAGAGACAGACCUUGAAUUACACGUUGUCCUUGAACGGGAGUCGAAGACAGGAUAAUAAUAAAACGGAGAAAUCAUUUAGUCGGACUAGAAGUCAAGCGAAACCAACGAAUCCCAAAGUUACUCCUAGCAUCAAAGUACAAUCGAACCCAAACACAAGAUCACCUCCAAAGCGGACGGAAGACUUGAACGAAUUCCCGAUGAACUCUUCGAAGCAGAACAACGCUACUUUUUCGGGUCCCGUCACGAAAAAAUUAGAAGUCGAUCAGACGUCCGUUUCGUCGGAAAUCCACGAGGAAGAAAGUCUCGAUGAGAUGCCGACGAAUAGCGGAACCCAGGGGGAAGUAGCUAGCAAAAUAGUCUGGACAACUCCGCGUUCAGCAGUAAUUGACGCAACAAAACUUUCCAUGCAAGAAACGAAAGAAACAACGGUAAAGCCAGUUCCUAUAACUGAUAGAACUAACAGCAGUUUCUGGGACUUUGGCGAUUUGACGAAACGUAAAGGCCUCGUACGCCCUGAUUUCACAACAACGACUACGACGACGACAACAACAACAACCGUCGAGCCUGACAAUCGUGACACGGUUGAUCAUACGACGACUACCACGGAACACCCAUCAGCUGCGAGCACAGAGAUUCAGCAGACGGAUAUGACUAAUAUUUCAAAUUUUCGAAGCAAAGAGGCGUCUUCUUUGUCGGCGCUGUUAGUCCCUGGCGGGCAAAUACCUUCUUAUCGACCACUGGGACGAUCAACGAUAACUAAGGUCUCCUCGCCGAGCCUCAAUCCGGUUGCAGAGCAGUACCAGAACGAUAAAAUAACAACCAACCUUGAAUCGCUCUUGCCAGAGUUCUUACAGAAGGGUUACGAAAGGAGAACGGCCGAGGACAAGGCACAAAAAAUUCAGGCAGAUGACAAACUGUUAGAACAUGCUAAAACCAUCGAUGAAACCGCGAAAAUUAUCGAGGACAAUCCUUUUAACUGGUACUUUCAACACUACAAUGAUACGAAUUUGAUGGAACCGUACGUAGGAUCGGUUUACAGCACUGCUAGUCGAAAAAAUAUCUUAGCUAUUUCACCCUUUCUUUACAUGGUGUUUUGUAGUACGAUGCAAUGAAAUUAUUAGGCUCACCUUCAUAAGUCUCGUCGUAUCGAGACUCGCGCGACCUUUGGUACGUACCGAUGCAGUUAUAGUCAUAGCAGCUUACGAUUGACCAACACACAAAUGCUGAUAUACAUAAGGAAUAAAAAGAACGAAGGUGAUUUGAAAAAAGAAAUUGAAAGCUCGUCAUUAUAUCUAUGCGUCAAAACGAUCCCUAGGACUGACCUGAGUAAUGAAUUAUCGUAAAAUAUGUGUGUGUAUGUCGAUUUGAAGUGAAAUAAACGCAUUUUUACAACAAUUGCAUAGAAUAACGUCGUUGUUACCCGUAGGAAAGCAUCGAUUUGUUUGAGUGAAAUCAGAUGCGGAUGUUCUUUUCGUCGGCUGAAAAUAAUUCGGUGAGAUAAUUGUUGAAAUCACUUUCAAGCAGAGUACCUACGUACUAGAUGCAGUACAGAAAUAUCACAGCUGGUUCAACGAUCUUACAUAAAUAAAUAUAAGCUGCCAUCGCGUUAUGUCUGUGGAAUUGACGAUUGAUAUAUUUAUUAAAUAACGACAAACGUGUGGAUAAUUAAAAAUGAUACACGUUGCGAACCACACGAUGAAAUCCAGUGAGUAAAACUCGAUAAUUGUUCGACAUAACUUCAGCUCAAAGGUGUACUCGAAUUUCGUGUAAUCUUACACCCACCCUAUCAGUUUCGUACAGUUAUACAACCUUGCAGUUGCCAUAAAUAAAGGUACUGUUGCCAUGAAUAACUAUAAUCGCAAUAACGAGAAUUCGGAUUUCACUUCACAUUCUUCGGAUAUCUAAAGUUUUCCAACUUUGUACGAGUCUCUGGAAAUUGAUCAUUGAAUGGCCCGAUGACGUUAGGGUUAUAUGAAUUUCCUUGAUUCGAAUUUCAAAAAAUUUCGAACGCGUACGCCGUUGGUUGCAGCGGGAACGAAUAAAACGCACGAAGCGGCGAGGGCGCCAAACAACCCAGCCAACUACGGAGGUCAGAGCUCUGCUACAAAGAUAUUAAACCCGACGCUGCUAGAUGUACAGUCAACUCGUUUCCUCGACUCUCUGUCACGUAGGCAUUUCGCGGGUCGCUAAAAAACGACAAACUAAACCACUGCCGCAAUGCUAUGGAUUACUUCAUAACAAUUUAUUAACCUCGAUCCGCUCCCUGCGAACGAACGCUGACCACUUUUCUCUGGACACAAAGAUGAUCGGAUAUCACCUGAUUUUUGUUAGACAAUAUCAGAAUCGAUUGUCAGGAAUGUUGAAUUUUUUCCGGCACAUAGAAAGGCAUUUGGGUUGAAUGCAAGUGCCAAAUGUUAUCACUCCGUCGUUCAUUCAAUUAUUAUCGUCAUCGUUAUUUCAUUACUUUUCAUACCGCACGCAGAUGUCUAUUUAUUUACCGAUUACUAAAUUGUUAAUAAAAUAGACAUUAUUAUUUAUUGCCGCUUAGCGUAUUUAUUUCUCUACUUCUUUCUCUGUUUCUCAACAAAUGAUGAUAUUAUCUAUUAUCCACCACGCGCCGUCAAUUCAAUUUCAUGAUCUGGUAUCUAAUUCAGAUUAUUUAUUGUGAACGGUGCUGAUAAUUUUCUACGAACAAUCUAAUAGCUGCAUGCGGCAGGAUGUCCCGCAAUUUUCUCCAUAGGGUACAUUGACGUUGAAUAAAAUCAUAAUUAUAGGAACAUACACGCGCUCACAAUCGGAACAAUUUUUUUUUUUUUCAAGCAAACAAAACAUUACCGAUGUUCCGAAAAUUGGAAAAAUUUGAUGCCGGGGAACGAAAUAAUUUCUUUUGUGAAAACAGAACUAAAAUCGAUUUGAUGAAACAAUUUUUCAACUAUGAGGUACUAGUUCGUUCCAUGGAAAACACUUUUACUUGGUUCUUCACCCGCGCUAGGGAAUCCAGUAGCCAUUAAGCACCGUUUACUAGAAUUUCGCAUCAGUGGCGGAAACAGGCUUUCCAAUUUAUUCGCGUCACUUGGAUGUCUUACGGAUUUUAUCGGAAAUUCGGUGAUUCACCGUGAACUGCAGAUAUACGUUGAAUGACUUGAUUUACUUCUUGUCAAUUUUUCUAUUCUCAUUUUCGAACAAUAUCAAUCAACAGGAAUAUUACGCGAUGAAAAAACUCCGUCCGAAUCAUAAAAUUCCUGCUCUAACGCUGGGAAGCAGCUGCAGGGUAAGAC